AAGAUGAAUUGCGCGGGAAGUUUUGCCGCCAUUUGGAAGUAGAAAAAACUCCAUUUUCACAAAUUUUGAUUCAAACUCUCAUCACUCUCCGCAGUAAAUCAUCCAUAGCAGAGACAUGGACAUGUCAAAUCCUGCCGUCUUUGUCAAUGCUGAGUUCCUCAAGGAGCAUGUAGGACGGAAGGUUCGAACAGUGGUUCAGGUUAUGCAAUCUGAUGGUGAUAAAGUCAUUGGAAAAUCCACGGAUGAAAAAGAAUUAGUUGUGAAAGGAAAUCCACCUAAUGCUCUUUCAACUUUUGUUGAAGUAAUUGGUAUAGCUGACACUAUCCAGUCUAUUGAAGCAGAAAUUUGGACCAAUUUUGGUGAUACAUUUGAUGUUAAUAGCUAUGACAAGGUGUGCAGACUAGCAAAUGGUGACAGUAAGCACUUGUUUAUCUGAGAAAUGAUUUAUAAAAGAGGACAUAUAUCCUCUUAUUUCUGCUGCAUUGUUCCAGAGUUUCAAUGUAUUAUAAGUAGUUUGAAGUACUCCUGAAAACUUUGGAUUUUCAGCUUCUAUUUAGGGUUUCAUCAACAGAAGUUAAGCUCUGUGCUUAGAUGUAAACUUGUUUUUCUUCAACUUAUGCUAUUUGGUAUUUUGAACACUAAUAUUUGUGGUUCCACUAGUUAGUCAACUUGGCAUUAAACUAGCUGUGUUACAUACAUAAGUUGUAACUUGUAAGUAUGAACUAUGUCUAGUUCUAGAAAACUUGUUCAUUUCGGAGUUAUGUA